GAGCUCCCAGCGCCGUGUCGCUGCUGCACGAGCCGGCGGGCGCGCCCGCGCUCCGGGACAGCGUCGCCAAGCUCCAGGCUGCUUGCCGCGUGUCGAUGCCGGUCGACUCCGGCUCGGUCGGCUUUCGGCCCGCCGUCGCCGUGGGCGGCCAGGGUGCACGUCGGCCUGCGGGUCCCGAGGUUCGUCCCCGUGCCCGGGCCCGCCAGGGGCCCUCUGCUGGCCUUGGGGCCGUCAGAAGAUGGCUCCUGGCCAGCGCCACCAAGCUCCAGGCACAGCUGCAGAAGGUGCAGGGCAGCCUGCCCCCGACCGAGGGCUCA